AUGGCCGCCCGGAGAGGAGCUGCAUUGCUUGCGCCCCAGGCCAAUGGCCUCGCCCGCCCUCGCGCCUUUUCUGUUCUGAGCAGAGCAUCGCCCUGCAGCAACAACCCGCCGAUAGCGCUGUCCCGCCGCGCUCUUCCCUCCACCACCGCGCUUUUGCAGAAGCUGCCCGGCCUGAGGCUCUACAGCUCCGACGCUGCUGCCGAGAAGACCGCUCUGUAUGAUCUCCACGCCAAAUAUGGCGCCAAGUUCGUACCCUUCGGCGGCUUCCAGAUGCCGGUGCAGUACUCAGACCUGUCGCUGGCCGAGUCACACAUUUGGACGCGUGAGAAGGCCAGCCUGUUCGACGUGAGCCACAUGGUCCAGCAUUACUUCAAGGGCCCCGGCGCCGCUGCUUUCCUCGAGCGCAUCACGCCGGCAUCCGCGAGCACUCUUGCCGACAACUCCUCCACCCUGUCGACGCUUUUGCACCCCAAGACCGGCGGCAUCGUCGACGACACCAUCAUCACCAAGCUGCCCGGCGACGUCUUCUUCGUCGUCACCAAUGCCGCCUGCCGCGACAAGGACUCGGCCUAUCUCUCCGGCGAGCUUGACUCCUUCAAGGCCGAGCACGGCGAGGAUGGCACCACCGCCGUGACCUGGGACCGCCUCGACGGCCGCGGCCUGAUCGCCAUCCAGGGCCCCCUCGCCGUCGACGUCCUCUCCUCCACCCUGCCCGCCGAGUCGCGCGACCUGACGGACCUGUACUUCGGCCAGUGCCGCUCGCUGUCCUUCAAGCUCCCGAGCGGCGAGACGGCCUCGAACGUGCUCGUCUCCCGCGGCGGCUACACGGGCGAGGACGGCUUCGAGAUCUCGGUGCCGCGCCAGCACACGACCGCGCUGGCCCGGCUGCUGCUCGAGACGGCCGGCCCGGACACGCUGCGCUGGGCCGGCCUGGGCGCCCGCGACAGCCUGCGCCUCGAGGCCGGCAUGUGCCUGUACGGCCACGACCUGGACGACACCACCACCCCGGUCGAGGGCGCCCUGUCGUGGAUCAUCCCCAAGGACCGCCGCGAGAGGGGCGGCUUCCACGGCGCCGACGUCAUCCUCGCCCAGCUCAAGCCCAAGAGCAAGGGUGGCGCCGGCGUCGACCGGCGGCGCGUCGGCCUCGUCGUCGAGGGCGCCCCCGCCCGCGAGGGCGCCGACAUCGUCGACGCGACGGGCGCCUCGGUCGGCAGGGUCACCAGCGGCUGCCCCAGCCCCAGCCUCAAGAAGAACAUCGCCAUGGGCUACGUCAGGGACGGCAUGCACAAGCAGGGCACCGAGGUCAGCGUCGUCGUGCGCGGCAGGCCCAGGAAGGCCGUCGUGACCAAGAUGCCGUUCGUGCCAUCCAAGUACUGGAAAGGUGGAGCUUCGCCCGCCUGA